UCAUUUAUAUAAAUGAUUUGGAUGUGAACAUUAAAGGAAUGGAGUUAAAAUGAAUUGGAGAAGUGGGCAUCCAUUGUUGUUGUGGCUCCUGAGCUUCGGCUGUAGUGCAAUGUGUGAGGAAAAUGAUUUCCCUGACUCAGUGGAGAAUCACACAGGAGGGACAAGUGUACCUGAAGUGCACGUACCUUAUUGCCCUCCGAACUGCAACUGUAACCUGGAUGGAACCGUAGACUGUGGUGGCGUGGAUCUAAAGGAAUUUCCCAGGAACUUAUCAGAGUCAAUAUUGCACCUAUCUUUGCAGAACAAUGCUUUGGAGGUGAUCCCUAUGGAGGAGUUAUCAAGGCUUCAGAAUCUGGAGACUUUUAAUUUACAGAAUAACCGGCUUACAUCAAAAGGGCUUCCAGACGAUGCAUUUUGUUCUCUUGAGAACUUGCUGUAUUUAUAUCUGGCGAACAAUAAGCUUACAGUUGCUCCAAAAUACCUGCCAAAAACCUUGGUGAGCGCUGAUGUUGCAGCAAAUUACCUUACAAAGAUCUAUCCCCUCACUUUUGGGCAGAAGCCAAAUCUAAGGUCUAUUUAUCUUCAUAACAAUAAACUUACAGACGCAGGACUUCCUGAUCACAUGUUUAAUGGGUCAGAUGGUGUUGGAAUAUUAAUCAUGUCAAGUAAUUUCCUGAAGUACGUUCCCAAGAAUUUGCCAAAGGAAUUAUUCAGAUUGCAUUUAAAAGACAACAAACUUGAAAAGAUUCCUAAAGGAGCUUUUGAUCAUCUUUCCAAUCUUCGAGAACUAUAUCUUCACAACAAUUACAUAACUAAUGAUGGAAUCGACAAUGAGACAUUCUGGAAACUGUCAAGCUUGGAAUACCUGGACUUGUCAAGUAACAAUCUGACACAAAUACCAAGAGGGUUACCUCGGAAUAUUAUCCUCUUACAUUUGGAAAAAAAUGCUAUUAAAUCAAUACCUGCCAACUGGCUGACACAGAUAAAAAACCUUGAAUACCUCUUGCUUCAUAACAACAAGAUAAAGGCAAAAGCAAUUCAUCCACUUGCAUUCAAGGGACUUAAAAAACUUCAUACCUUUCAUCUCUACAAUAAUAUGCUGGAAAGAAUUCCAAGUGGCUUACCACGCCGGGUGAAGACAUUAAUGCUUCUCCAUAAUCAGAUCUCAGAAAUUUCCAGAAAUGAUUUUGCUCACUCAUACUUUUUGACAGAGCUUAAUCUGAGUUACAAUAAACUAACAAGCCCUAAAAUCCACCCAGAUGCAUUCCGGAAAACAAGGCUGCUUGAAUCUUUGGAUUUCUCUGGAAAUAAUCUAAAUGUAGUGCCCAGUGGUCUGCCAAAGAAUUUGCAUGUAUUGAGGCUGAAGGAAAAUGAAAUUAAUUCAAUUCCCGAUGGCUCACUUUCAGGAAUGACAAAGCUAAAGGAACUCUUCUUGAGUAAUAACAAACUCAAAUUGAACUCAAUAUAUCCAGGAGCAUGGAAGCAACUGACUACUCUACAGCUUUUGGAUCUGUCAGGCAAUCAACUUUCCUACGUCCCUACUGAUCUGCCAGAGUCUCUUGAAUAUAUUUACCUCCAGAAUAAUCAGAUUUCUGUCAUCUCAGAGAAUGCGUUUGAAUCCACACCAAAUAUCAAAGGGAUUUUUCUUAGAGACAACAGACUUACAACUGGUAGAGUAAAAGAAAUUGCAUUUCAGAAGCUGAAGUUCUUGCAAGUGUUGGAUAUGGGAGCCUACUCUGAGUCUGCUUCUGAAUCCAAAAAGGAGGGCGGCACCUCAGGAGACAAUUUAGAGAAUGAUAGUGAACAGGCUACUCGGAAUGAUAAAUAAUUUUCUGUGAAAAAUAGCCAAGAUGUUCAGUGUAGUGUCUUCCAUAAAUGUUGCCUGGUAUUACUACAUAGAAGUCAUUGAAAAUAUCUAUUUCUGCUUACUCUAAUUGUCCCUACUCUCCUAAACUGUAAGCUUUACCAAAUGCCCUCAUCUAACGAUGCUCUUACCUUCCUGUUUUCCUCCAUUGUCCUCAUCUUACCUACACAGCCUAGUAUUGCUUUGUUGCUCGGUGUACUUACUCUGGAGCAGUCAACUUGAUUUCUUCAAGCUCAUGCUUGAUGACAUUAUCAAACUAUUCCUCUUAUCUGUAUUUAAGGAGCUCAGCUUCUUAAAACAGCUUUUAAAAGCCUUUAUCAUCCUCCUCCUGCUGAGGAAACCCAGCCUGAAUAUUUUUCAGCAUUCCCAAUUUCCAAACUUGCUUUGUUCCCAAAGACUGGAACCAGAAGAUUACCUUGCAACUAUCCCCUCUGGCAACUCCUUAUUCAAGUAUCUCCAAUCCACCUUCUCCUUCCCCACAAGAGUGUGACUGCACAUGUUAAAAUCACAAAUGUUCCACCUAACUCUAGCUUCCUACUAGUCCUCAACCUUCUUGGUCAUUCAGUGAUAGUUGUCACCACUGGCUGCCUGCCUCUAGUGUCAUCCUUGUGCAUUAUGCCCAAAGUAACUGUUGCCUUCUGGUUCCUCACUGUACCUAUCUCAAUGCAGGAAUGGUGUUUCCCCAUGUCUGUUCCCAACCUGUUCACCAGAUCAUCUUGGUGGGAAACAAAAUAACUCAUUAAUGUCUACAAACUAUUCUUUGACAAUGUUAUUUGUACUUUGUGGUUAUGAUACAACUAAAACAAACGACCACAAUUCAUCACGUAGUUAUAGCCAAUCAUUAAAAGAAAAAUAAAGCAUAAAACUAAAGUAAUGUGCAAUUAUGAACAUUUAAGCAUACAAAUUUCUUUAAGCAGGUUUCUUUAGUUUACAUAACCAAAAUGAAAAGUCCCCUGCAUUGAUUAUACAGAUAUACUGGUAGUUCUACUAUAAUGUGUGUUUCAUUAACACAAUGUGGCUAUAACGCAAUUGAUCAAUAGUGUAUGCUGUUUGGAUAACAUGAGCUUUCUGCUGUAUGGGUAUAGCAAUUCCCUAUAAUGUGAUUUUCUAUGGCGAUUUUCUAUAGCAUGAGGUCACACAUAAACACAACUAUCACAUUAUAGGAGAACCGCCUGUAGUGAUAUAGUUCCAAGUCAGGAUGGUUUCUGACUUAGAAGGGAGCAUGUAAGUAGUGAUGUUCCCAAGUAUUUGCUGUCUUUGUCUUUCUAGGUCGUCGAAGUUGUAGAUUAGGAAGGUGCUUUUGCUGGAUCCUGCUGCGUUACUGCAGUGCAAUUUGUAGAUGGUACACACUGCUGCCCCUGUGCAUUUGUGGGGUGAAGAUAAUGAAUUGGGUGCCAACCUGGUGGGUUGCUCUUUCUGAACAGUUUUGAGCUUCCACUGUGUUGUUGGAACUGCACCUAUGCAGGCAAGUGGAUGGUAUUGCACUAAUGGACUUGUGCUUUGUACUCAGUGGACAGGCUCUGGAGAGUCAGGAAGUGAGUUACUUGCUGCAGGAUUCUUUGCUUUUGUAGAUGUAGAAUUUAUUUGGCUAAUCUAAUUCAGUUUCUGGUCAGUGGUAACCCCCAGGAUGGUGACAGUGGGAGAUUCUACAAUGGUAAUUCCAUUGAAUAUCAAAGGGUCAAUCUUUAAAUUCUCUUUUGUUGGAGUUUGUCAUUACUUAUAGAUGUGUAAAUGGGUGAGAUGAGUGAGUAGGUAACUGAGUAAGGAGUG